AAAACACAUGUUUAAAGUAGCUCACCCUGUCCUGAUGUUCCGCAGCAGUAAAUAAAGCGACGAAAAGCAAUAAUACUAUGUAGCUGGUGGGAGGAGUUGUACUGUUCGGAUGAGGGGGUGUGGAGGUGGGCGUCUGCCCCUAUUAAAAUUCAUGGCGAAAGGACAGGUUAUUUUCAUUUUUUUUUUAUUUAAGUAACGCUCCUUGUGUCAUUUUGGACUGCGAGAAGGGCAUUCAUUUGAGACAAGUCCGGGUUUUAGUACGAUCCUGAAGUCACCUCAAAUUGGGGCCCGCUAGGAAAUUGUAACGCAGGACUGGGAGCCCUGUACACGAAACAAGAAAAUGAAUAAAGAUCAUAAGAAGAGACUGAAACAAUUUACAGAUGAAAUGAUGUUACUGGGGUCACUUCAGGGCUUUCGAUAUUUCCAGCCAUGGCUGCGUGGAAAAGAAGAGCUUUUGCUCACUGUAGUCAACGAGGAUGCAGUUUGGCAGUCACAUUAUCCACUUCCUGCUCCUAAUGUUCUUUCUGUACAAUGUCAAGAUCAGAACCUACGUCUGUCUCCUUCGAGAGAGGAAAUGGCUGGUAAUAUGGAAGAUAUGGUGCCACCUGCCUCCCCAUAUGAGCGAGAGAUUUCCAUGCCAGGAACAAACUGUACUUUGUUCUUACUGGCUGUGUAUGCUAAAUAUCAACACCCAUAUGUAUGGAUUCGAUCUAGUCAUGAGCGUUUUGUCAACGUAAAUAAAAAUGAUGCAUUGGCCCAUGACAGCCCACUGAAACUCAAGUCCAUCUCUGAGUGGAAUGUCAAAAGCAUCCAUAUCUGGAAUGUGGUUGCGGAACUGGUUCAGCUAUGUACAAUUCCACCUCCUCUGAAUCCUUUGGCUUUAGAUAUGAAGUAUUUUGAAUCUUUGCCUCUCACAGAAAGACUUCUUUCCUCUGGGGCAGUUGCCAAAUUUCUGCAAAGACUUGUCACAGAUACAAGCAGUAUUGACAAGGACUAUUAUCACUUAGCUUUGGAGGAUCUUUCAGCCAUCACUAAGUUCCAUUUUCAGACUCUGCGAGAUAUAUGGUUGCACAAGGCACAGCAAAACACAGAAAUCAGUGAUGAGGAGAAGCCAGAUGAACUAUCGUUAUAACAAGGAUGGUAAACUAUGCAGUCCUCGUAUUCUGGGUUCCUUUAUCCUUUGCGUCAUCUGAGUGAGAACAAACUGACACCCCCUUCUUUUAACCACUGUUUGCAUUUGUAUGCUGCCUUUGUGAACACAGAACAUGUUAUUGCUGUUUCCAUCAAUAUCUAUUAAAAUAAGUUGAAAGAUAUCUUCCUUCCUUUUCCAAGUAUGGUCUGCAUGAAAUGUUUUGGAGUUGUGCUGAGGUAGGAUGUAGGGGUGAUAAAUUCACUGUGCACAGAUCUGGUGCACUCUGAGUACAAUGGCUGUGAGGUUGUUCAGUGUAUCACUUAGGAGGCCUGGGCUUCAGCAGGCAGUGACCUUAUUUUACUGCUGCACUGGCUCAAGAGCAAGAUGGCAUCAUGUUUGUCCUGCAAAAUGCUUUGUCUUUGAAGUAUAAACUAUUUACACAGUUUUAAUAGCAUCCAUUGUACAGUGCUGUAGAUGGAAUCAUGAGCCUGCUCCAUUUAGAAGAAUCAGCUGCUCUGAAACAUGCCUAUCUGCACUACAUUUCCUGCCCUUGGAUAUUGUCCACACCUGAAGAGACAGUUUUAUUACUAAGUAUUAUGCUGCAAGACAUUUUAGUACUUAGUCUCCACACUUUGCAUACACUGAUCUUGUGUUAGGGUAGAGGUGGAAGACAUAGCAUUGAUUAAGUAUAUUCUUAUGCCUGUGGUGGUGGGCUCCUACCCAUAUCACUCCCACUGUUGGAUUGCUGUUCAUGUCAUUCGCAGUCAUAUGACAAUAAUUAUGCCAGUCUGAGCCUUACAGGAUCCUGACUGUGCAAGGCUGUGUCUUACAGAAGUUAGUCAUGGGCCCUGACUGUGCCAGACUGAGUCUUAUAGAAUUUAGUCAUGUGACCCUGACUGGCGGUCAGAGGCUUACAGAACUCAGUCACGGGGCCCUGACUGGGCUAUUCUGAGAACUUAUUCAUGUGACCUGACUGCUGGUCUGAGUCUUAUAGAACUCACUCAUGGAGCCUUGACUGUGCCAGUCUGAGUCUUAUAGAACUCAGUCCUGGGACUCUGGCUAUGCCAUAACCAAGUUAUGUUUAAGGAUGUCUUUAUUGUAUUUUAAAUAGCAUUUCCUAUAAUAAAUGUUUGACUUUGUACUUUAUUUCUUUUCAAAACUGUGUAUUGUAAUAUUUUUAAAUGUUUUAGGUAUUGGGAUACAUGUGCAUUCAUAUAUUGUUAAAAUUGUAUAAAUCUUUCUUGAUGUGAUUGUAUCACUCAGGCUGUGCCUGCAAUUAGUGCAGUGAGAUCAAUGCACUACCCAUGUAAACAUACAUACAUGAAUAAACAGACAGCAAACAAACAAAUAAAUAAAUAGAUGCACCACUGGAUUUGAUUUAGAAGAUGAAGGGUAACUUCGUGAUAACUCAUAAAGUUGGGCUCAGGGUGUGUGCAUCUCCUCAUGAGAGACAUCAUAGCUACAUUGCUUCUCACCAGAAGUUCUGUGGUCCACAGAGAUUCAUAUGACCGGGAAGAAGAGCUUCUUUAAUCAUGAUAUAUGGUGUGAGGAUUCACAUGCACUGACAAGUUAGGGUGGUGAGAAGUUAUGUUAGCAUACUGAAGACUUUCUUCAUUAAGCCUGUGAAGCCAUCAAUAAUCAAUAAUGUAUUAUUUUUUCUUUUUCUGUCAUGUUUAUCUGCAGUGUAUGUUCCCCUAGGAAACACUUUUGUUUGUACAGAUGUGAAAGGACAGAGAGAAGUGUUAGCUCCUAAGCACUGGAAUGUAAUGGCUAUUGGAACCUCUUUUUUUUUUGGCUAUGAGGACUUUUUAAGAUCUAACUGGGAAGCAAGUCAAGAUGAAACAGAUAUAGAAGUGUUGUGACAAACUUUGUUAAUAGUGGUGUCGGGUAUGGAGGCUAAUGGGUUUAUGACCUGUCUCUGAAGCAACAACUAACUCACAAGACGCUAAAAGUGUUAAAGGACUUUUACUACAUACUUGUGAGAAAAAGCAAGAAGAGAUAUGUAGACUUGCCUGUAGAAUUAUUCUGUCUGUAAAAACUAGCCAUCUCAGAGACAGUAUUACCUGUAGCAUCUGGCUAGGGAACCUAGAUAUUUGGAGUUGCACAUUUUGUGUAUGCAUCCUGUCUAUGUCUAUUGUAUUUUCUUUGAAAUUUUCUUUGUGUGUCAGCCUACAUAUAUUUUCUCUGUAUUUGCUUAUUUUCUUUAUGACUUAAAUGAAAUCCAUUUAUUUACUCUUU